UUAUAAGUGCAGAAAAAGGAACAAAGUUAUAGUUACCAAAAAAAUAUAACUGUAAUUGUAACUUUGUUACAAGUAACGAGUUACUUCUCAAUCUUGAAAAAAAUAGAUGUUAUAGAAAAAAAGAACAUUAACUGUAUAAUAAAUGACAGUCUUACAGACUUGACGAAUCCGAAUGACCGUGACAUUAAUAAAGUCGCAAUUGCUCGUUUAAUUGUUGCGUAAUUAAAAAUUCGCGUUUAUUCAGAAAGAAUUUAGUGUCACGGACACACAUCAAUUUUGUACUUCUGCAACAUUUAUCUCACAACAGUCGAAGUUUAUCGCACUAUAAAUAAAAUCAUGCACUUUAUUUAUUGCCCGCGAUACCGGACUUAAUUAAUGCAUCGCGCAUUUUUAUCGAUACGGUGCACAAUUGCAUCCACGUAUAAGUGCAUUGCAAAUAAUGACUUCUAGAACCACCACGUCAUUCAUUCUAUAAAAUCGGGUCGUUAUCAAGUCGUUCCGUUUUUUCUCUUUUUUUUAUAUAUAUAUUCUCAUACACAGUUUUUUAUGCGCACAUUAUACUUACACUUUGCAAUUUAUUUUAUACGUAAUCUUCCGAGAGACGAUAAGGAAAAUGCUUAUCUACAAGAUGCAUUUGCAUGAAGAAUCAUAGUCGCGCGAACGACAGUUUUUGAUAAACAAUUCUCUCUCUUCGUGGUAUACAUAUAAAAUAACGCGACACUUCGUCACGAUGACAGUUCAGACUUGGAUACACGAGUGAUACGUUGCCCAAUGAAAAAUACAUACAUGUCUAUAUCGAUAAUAAGUCAAUUGUGCAGUGUAAUGAUAAAGUGAGAUUUUUUUUUUUUUUUUUACAAACCGAUUCGUGUCACGAACGUAUCUAUACGAUAUUCGAAGUUUUCAUUCUGGGUCUUAACUGGAGGUCCUAGAGAUACUGACAACCAAAUAACGUCCAUUUUGUGCCAAAGAAAACUCGAAAUUCCAAUUUCCACGUACAAUGAAGACGCAAUCAUCGACCAGCAUGCUUCCAGUUAAAAAUCUGGACGCACUGUUGAUGCAAACGUAUGGUCCGGAUUUUCAAAUACACGACGCGGAGUGGAAGCAACUGACGGAUCCGGGGGAAAACUUCGGCAGCCAAAUACUAGCCGUCACUGUAAACGCCGAGCAGAGCGGCAAGAAGAGAACCCUAAACAUGGUCGUCAAGCUACCACCCAGAUCCCAAUACCUGCUGGAUCUGUUUGACAGUCCGAUAACUUUCAAAAAGGAGUUGGACUUCUACAGCACGGUGGCGCCGGAAUUUACGAGAUUACAGAACGAGAGCGGAAUCCCCCAGGAGACCCUGAGCGUCAUCACCCCGCAAUUCCUGGGCGGCAGACUAGGUCUGCGGGAUCCGCGGUGCUUCGACGAGCAGGCCGCGAUUAUCCUGGAGAACCUAAAGGAGAACCAUUACACGACCCAGGAUCGCAUCCGCGGCCUGGACAAGAUGCACAUGGACUUCGCGAUCGAUCACCUGGCUAAGUUGCACGCCACCACGAUCGGCCUAAAGCUGAAGAAACCUGGACUCUUCGAGAAGGCGAUCCUGCCCGUCCUCGAGUACUCCGUAAAUGAGGACGCGAAGGACUGCGUCGUGGACAUGGUGCAGAAGGCCCACAACGAUUACAAAAGCAUGAAAAAAGCGGAGCCUUAUCUGGACAGGAUCCAGAAGACGCUCGAGUACGCGACGCGAGUCACUUUAACGCCCAGAGAGCCCUGGACGACGUUGGUGCACAACGAUUUCUGGGUGAACAACAUGCUGUUCAAGUACGACGAGUCGACGGGCCGGCCGAUCGACAUGAAGAUCGUGGACUUUCAAUUGACGGUCUACGACUACGGGGUGCACGAUCUCAUAUUCUUCCUAAUGUCAAGCGCCCGGGAGGAGGUGCUCGACGAACAUCUCGACAACAUGAUCGACCUGUACUACGACUCCUUCGUCGAGUGCUUGGAAUCGCUGGGCGUCAGCGCGAACCUAUUCCCCAAGAGUCAGUUUCUGCAGCAGCUGAAUCAGUGUGCGCCCAUCAGGUUCAAGCAGUGUAUCAUGAUGGUGCAGGUGAUUCAGGCUGCACGCGGCUCCGUCACCGAAUCCACCGACACGGCGGACAAGGACGUCUUCAAGGGCGGCAUCGACGACGAGAAUUACAAGCGAAAAAUGCUACACGUCUUGUCUGUGUUCGAUCGGAAGGGAUGGCUCGUGAAAUGAUGAAGAGUGGAAGGAUAUACUUGUGCAAAAGAUCAAAUAAGAUCAGUCCUUUUAGCGAAGAGAGAACGUUCUGUGUUAGCCGAAAUCAUUGUCGCCAAAUAAUGUUAUAAUGACAAUAAGUAGUAAAGAAAAUUGACAAGUAUCUUAUGCGAACGUAUUUGUAAAGUUGUAUAUAAAUGUAGACGAUGAGAAAAUUCUAUUUUUAAGACGAUAUUAGGACCAAAACUAGUGAGAGAAUUAAGUCAGUAAUUGCUAAGAUGAUGUAAAAAUUAUUAGAGCAAUUUAUUUGUCACGAGGCUAAAAAUACGAUCAAUAUUCGCCGCAUUUUGCCUCUCGUUCAGACAUAAAGUAGAAAAUUUGUUCACGUUAACGUGUAAAUAUUGUAAAUUAUAAGGUAGUAUUUUAUAUGACUAUUAAAUGAGACUAUAUAUAUAUAUAUAGUAUAAUAAAGCAGCAAAUAUUUACAUA